UCAAGGUCAAGGUUACCUUCAAACCAUGUUUAUUUUUGGCAGAGACGUCAGAGGUUUGAUGUUUAUGUUGGUUUGACGCAAGAGCGAGUAACACUUAUUCAGGGAACAUUUUUUCAAACAACGAUAUUGCUGGGUAUGGAAUUUUUACACCCAAGCUAGGAGGUAACCCUGGGGGUAACAAGUUUACGUACUAAUCUUUAUUAUGCUCUUUCAUUCAUUUAGCCCUUGUGAUGGGGUCUGGAGCCGUGGAGACUCGACAGCAGUGAACGUGUCAGGCAAGGUCAUGCCAUAUCCCGGAAUACUUUAUAUAAUUCUGAAAAAGGCGUUAUCUUCGGAGUUGUCCUGGCAUUGUCUGAAUUUUGACUUUUAGUUUCAAUUCUUACUACAGUUUCAGGUCGGCUGUUUCAGGUUGUAUUGGUAAAAUAAAACUGCGUAUGCGUACUAUUAGAUUGUGGACUCGGGGGUUUUCUCUCAAAAUGAAAGAGGACAGUCAUCAAAUUAAGCAACUAAGUGCAACGUCUCCUAAAGUCAAAUGCAAGGUGUGGAUUGGCACAAUAAUAUUUUGACUUUUUUUACAAUUUUGCCCAAAGUGGAUAAUGAUGGGAACACAAUGUACUUCUCACAUUUCAAGUGACUGCUGGCGACAGAAUUGUCUGACUGGAACUGCCUUAUGAAACACCAUUACUUUGGAUACUUAUGAAAAUUGAUAUAAUUUCAUUUGUUGGGUGCUUGCUGCAUUUUACUAGUUCUUCAGCUGGAUGAUCCAUUAUUGGCACUGUGUUUGGACUGACGCAAUUAAUGAAUUAAUAAUUAAUCACUCAUUUCUAGCUUAUGGUGUAUAUAUAGGACUUUGGUGGAGAGAGAUCCCAUGUAUGUUAUCUUUUGAACAAUACCUGUGAAUAUUUCUUACCCCAGAAUACUCCUUUCAUCUUGGCUGUUAGAGGUGCAAUGGCUACAGUGAGAAGGCGUCCUAUACAUGAUGAAACUGAACAAACUCAUCCUGGUGCAGAACUUGGGGAGGGAGAUUCCUUGUUGCACAAACUGAAAGUCAUUGGAGUUUGUACAUCUGCUGGAGUUGUAUUUGGAAUUGCUAUGGAAAAAGGAAGAGUCUUUGAACCCGAAGUUAUCCGUUCCCAAAUGGUGUUUGAAAAAUAUAUAAUGCUGAAAAUGUUCCUCUCAGCUGUUUCCUCAGGUAUGUUCUCUAUGUCUGUGUUGUCCAUGUUGCCAGUGACCCAAAGAAAAUUUCAGAAGGCACAGAUAGAAUACGUAGCCUGUCUUAACAACAAAGGACUACUUACAGUAACUCUUGGGGCAGGGCUUUUAGGAGUAGGCAUGACCUUGUCUGGAGCAUGUCCAGGAAUGGUGUUAGUUCAGGUUGGUGCUCUUGCUGAAAAUGCAAUAUACACCUUCUCUGGAGCUUUAUUGGGUGCUGCACUGUAUGGAUUUGUAGAGCCAGCUGUGGUGAGACUUACCAAACCCAGCAAGCCUAUGACAGUAUUAAGCCUUGAUGGUGCCACACACAGCCCAUACUUUGUUCUUGCACUUCCUAUGGCGGCCAUGUUGGGAAUGGCGGUGGCAGGACUGGAACUGUGGAAGCCAUGGCAGACUGAGUUAGCAGUUGACAGUGCAGUAGGAACAUCCUGGCUGAGUGCUAGAGCUUGGCCCCCAGCCUUAGCAGGGGCUAUCAUAGGUCUGCUACAGGUGCCCAUCCUUCUCGCAGUCAGCGACACUCUAGGGGGAAGCAGCAGCUACUGUACAAUAGUCAGUCAGUUACUGGUGAACAGACCCCUGGAGAAUUUGUCAUCCUAUUUGAGAAAAUUCAAGAAAGGAAUGGGAAACUGGUGGCAGGUAUUCUACGUCAGUGGUGCUGUGCUGGGUGGUUACCUGUCUGCCUCUGCCUCCGGAUCCCUAGGCACAGCUAGGGGGGUGGCACCACUGUCUGCAUUGACAGGUGGUGCCCUGAUGUUGUUUGGUGCUAGGCUGGCUGGAGGCUGCACCAGUGGACAUGGGCUUUCUGGUGUUGGCCUGCUUAAUUUACUGUCAUUUGCGGCUGUGCCAGCCAUGUUUGGAGGAGGCAUUCUAGCAGCUUUAGUCCUGAAAAACUUAGGCACUCUGUGAAAAAAAUCUGCAAAGAUUAAAAAAAUAUGAGAUCUGCUGACAACAUGUUUGACUUCUACUACUGCACUCACAACAUCUUUUUAAUUUGAACAAGUUACGUUUGCCACCAGACCAAGAAGUAAUUCUGAAGUUUGUUUACUAAGCAGCUUUUUUUUUUUUCUAAGCAACUAUUUUUUUUCCAUAUUAGGUUUUAGUAUGGUCUGGUUGCAUUUAGAGAAAGUUUAAAAUGAGCUAAGUCAUUAACUUGUGAUAUUAACAACAAAGAUUUGAGAUUCCUGUUAAAGUGACAAACAUUAUAUUGUUUGAUAUGAUUUAUCUGUAUUUUAAGAGACAUUUUGAGGGGUCUUGUUGUUUAAAUGCAAUUAACCAAUUUUCUGGCUUACACAACCAUUUUUAGCAAUAGCCAACCAUCACUAUUAGGCAAAACUUGAACACACCGAAAAGAAGAAAGAAAAAUAUUUUGGAAUUCUUAUCUUCACGUCAUGUGAGUUAAGGAAAUAGUUCAAUAGCAAUGUGCCUUUCAGACAUUAUCACUAGCCACUUUUUCAAAAUCUAUCAAAUUUAUCACUUAAAACUGUUGCAGUUUGUCACACUUUAGCACCUUUUGCAAAUCUCUAGAAGACAGCAUUCAGUUUCUUGGGAGAAGUUUUUAUUCAUGUCAGUUGUUCCUUAUUUAAUAAUUAUUGUUCAUUUUGCACAUGGUAAAAAUAUAAUGAUUUUGCCUUUAAAUGGUAGAAGCAAUAGAAUGCUUUUUAAGAGACAUUUGAUACUAUUUAGACCAAGUCAUGUUGACAGCUGUAUUUAAAUAUUCAUAAUUAGUUGUAAUGUCGAUGUAUAAUUUUUACAUUCCACACACGUUUGUAUAAAAAAUAAAUCAUACAAUGCUAAGAUAUUUGACUUUUAUAUCAGCACAAGUUCCUGCAAUGGUGUUUUCCCUUGCAAACAGGAGAUAUAGUUGGUAACUUGAUCACCAACUUCACUGACGGUUGCAUAACUGCUUGCAUAUCAAGUACUCCCAAGUUGAAUCAAGUAAUUUUCCUAUUAUUCUUUUAUUAUGUUCAAUGGUUCUAGGUGCAGUAUUUGUGGAAGUUUUGUUGACUACUCUAAAAGAAUCCCACAAAGAUAUUUACAAUUACCUUAGAGAAAAUGUCUUGCCCCCUAUUUUUUCCAAGUGAUGGAGAGACUCAUUUUUGCAGCCAGAUUGUAUAUUUUGAUAGUUUAUAAAUUCAACUUAAAAUAUUGUUGUAAGAAUAUGUUUGUAUAGGUCAUUGUUGGCCAUUCUUAGGUUUUUAUAAGUGAUUUUUAGAUGAAAUAAACACCAGUUUCUUUUUCAAUA